AUGCCAUCAUUCCCUCCACCUUCUUCCACAACACCGCCAUCCCGUGUCACUCCUGCUCCUCCUGGCAUCACCCCGUCACCCCCAAGCGGCGGCAUCCCGAACUCGCCACGUUCGUUUGUCAUACCCCCGUCGUCAUCGCCACUGCCCUCGCCGUCGCACUCACACACGUCCAAGGCAGUGAUCGGCAUCUCCGUUGCCUCGGCAGUGGUGGUGAUCGGCCUCGUGGCCGGGCUGAUCUACUGCUUCGUGGGGAAGCGACGCCGUCAGCGUCGCCGCGGCCGCCGUCCGCCACCGGACUCAUCAGGCAAUCCCUACAACCAGCGACUACCGGUGGUGUCGUCGCGCCAGCAACGGCAACCGCCACACACCUCGUCGGCGCCCCUAUCAUACAUAACGUACGCACCACGUGCCGCCGCCGCCUCGUCGUCGUGGCACAGCAGCGCCGCCGUCGCGUCCGACCCGCCACCACCCCAGCAUCCCGCCGUCAAGGGCGGCACGGUGUCGUACGCGGACCUCGCGGCGGCGACGGGCGGGUUCUCGGAGGCAAACCUGCUGGGGCAGGGCGGGUUCGGGCACGUGUACCGCGGCGAGCUGGGCAACCGAGAGGUGGCCAUCAAGCGGCUCCGGCCGGGCAGCGGGCAGGGCGACCGCGAGUUCCGCGCCGAGGUGGAGAGCAUCGGCCGCGUCCACCACCGCCAUCUCGUCUCCCUGCUCGGCUACUGCGUCCACGACCAGCAGCGCCUCCUUGUCUACGAACACGUCUCCAACCACACCCUCGAGUUCCACCUCCACGGGGACGGGCAGACGCUGGACUGGGAGCGGAGGUGGAAGAUCGCGCUCGGGUCGGCCAAGGGGAUAGCCUACCUGCACGAGGACUGCCAUCCUAAGAUCAUCCACCGCGACAUCAAGGCCGCCAACAUUCUACUGGAGGACAACUUUGAGCCCAAGGUUUCGGACUUUGGGCUGGCCAAGAUCCAAAACGUAGACGACAGCCAUGUUUCGACGCGCGUGAUGGGGACUUUCGGGUACAUGGCGCCGGAGUACACGAACACGGGGAAAAUUACAGACCGGUCCGACGUCUUCUCCUUCGGCGUGGUGCUUCUGGAGAUCAUCACCGGGAUGAGACCUGUCCUCCCCGGCGAGCACGACAAUGACGAGACUCUGGUUUCCUGGGCACGGCCUCUGCUGGCAAAAAAUUUUGAGGAACAAAUCUCCGGCGAGCUGAUCGAUCCAAUGCUUGAAUCCACCUAUGACGCCCACGAAAUGCAGCGGCUGAUCGCGUGCGCGGCCGCCGCGGUGCGCGACACGUCCCGCUCCCGCCCUCGAAUGAGCCAGAUCGUCCGGUACCUGGAGGGCGAGCUGCCGCUGGACGCCCUCAACGCCGGCGUCGAGCCGGGGCAGAGCGAGACGCACGACGACGGCGAGAGGGAGCAGCUGAGGCGGAUGAGGAGGAUGGCGUUCUUCAUGCCGGGCGCCGACAGCGACACGGGCGCCACCGGCAUCGUCAGCGAGGCCACGAGCGAGUACGGCCUGUACGCGUCCAGCUCCAGCAGCGGCGGCGACGACGCGCAGACGACGAACCGGCCGCGCGCAAGCGAGCUCGGCGCCACGAGCAGGCGCACGCGGCCGGGGCGCGCCGGAUUGCUGUGA